CAGUAACACAGGAAGGACCCAGGAAACAUGCGCUGACCGACUUUCAGCUUUUCAGCCCAGCCAUACCUACUUCGAGCCAGCUGGUGGGGAUCCUUCGUCAAAUCGGACUAUUCCAAUAUAUUAAGGAUGGCAGAUUUUAGCUCUGAUUACGGUUUAUCAUCUGCCGGUGGCUCAGAAACGGCACAAAGUGCUGAGCUUCAGCGAAUGAUAGCUAUAGAACAGCAGAAAGCACAAUUUCAAGCCCAGAUGUCUGCUGGGACAAGUGUAUGGACAAACCAAGUUCAAAGCUAGAUUCGCGCACAGACCUGCCUUGAGAGCUGUGUGGAGCGUUUCAUCGAUACUACGCUCACCAUAACGAAUCGCUUCUCGCAAAUGGUACAGAAGGGUGGACAUAUGUGACUUUUCCGAUACCGUUUAGAGACCAUCUCAAGAACUCUUGUACAGAUCCCCACAGUUGAUUUCUCCUGGUCAAUGGAGAUGAGGUGUGAAUAAAGCCGAAUGACACGUCCACAUUAUCCAACACAUCUUUGUGAAGUUGGUCAUCCCCAGUUGAGUUAUUUGGCUCGGAGCAAGACAGCCUGUCCCUCCGUCACCUGUAGAAUGAUUAAUUAGUGAUCACAGAUCACUUAAGCACAGUAUAGUGCCUACACAUGAUUCUGUGCUUGAAUAUCCAGCUCCAAACAUAGCCUAUCCUCGAAAGUAAUUCAAAAGUAUAUAUUUCUGUUUCAAUGCUGAUGAGUCAAUAUUCACCACAAUAUUGAAAGUACAAUAGGCCUAUACUAUUGUUAUCUGUGACCUAAUUGUUUCUUUGUAUGUUUCUGAUUGAACUGUGUGAGCCAGAUGCAUUACAAAUGUUCACAUGUCUGGCCAGAGUAUGUAUCCCAUUGUAGUUUAAGUUUCUUUAAGCCAUUCAGCCUGAGAGAACAUGAACAUUGUAUUCCAUCUCCAGUCUCACUUUGUCUCACCAGAGCUAUUGAAUUGUGUGAAGUGACAGCUUGUCAAGUGAGGUUAUGUACAUCUUUUUCAGAAAAUAGGAGCUCAUUUCAUCGUCAUUUGCCAAUUGCUGUAUGAAUACAAAAAUGAUUAAAUCUACCCAGUUUAUCACCUA